AUGCAGAAGCCCAGCGAGACAUCGGCAUGUUGUAUGGCGAUGGCGAUGGUAGACCCCAGGACUAUCAGAAAGCCAUGGAGUGAUACCUCAAGGCGGUCGCGCAAGGACAUGCAGAAGCCCCGUACAACAUCGGUGCUUUCUACCUUGAUGGUAGUGGCGUGUUUCAAGACAAUUGCGCCGUACGGGCUGGGGAAGCUUUGCAAACACGGCCGAGGCGUUCCGGUCGACUAUUCUCGUGCUUUGAAACGGUUCAUCAAGGCGGCCGAGCAGGGAGACGUCGACCCUCAGUACGAAAUUGGCCUUUUGUUGGAGUACUUUGAGAAGGAUGAUGAUGCAGCAGAACCUGAAUAA